GACACUCCACCUCAAAAACGUCGUCCAGAGGUAACUUCUAUCUCUUCAUCUGGCGACUCAUCAACCACGCAAUUGCCUCCCCUCAAGACCGUCGCUGGUGCCAAGGCCCGACUGAGUAAGAAAGCCAAGACCAGUGGCCCCACUGAUGAAGCUGAACCGGAGAAGACCCCAGAAGAUACUGGUAGAGACAUUGAGGUUGUCAUGGAUGACUCUGCCCCACAAGAUCCAGCCACUGAUGCUAAUCCGCCGGAAGCUGGCCCGGCAACGCAUGUUGAUCCAUCAAGCCCGCAUGCUACGCCUCCAAGCCCAGCUGCUGAUCCGCCGAGCCCAGCCAGGGAUACCGUCAAUCCGCCAAGUUCGUCAAAAGGUGGCGAUGAUGUUAUUAUCACUGGUACAGGUCACACCAGCCCUGGCAAUCCGGUUGUCCUGGCAAAGCAUACCGCCAAGGAAGAAUUUGUUGCUAUGGGCAAGGGGAAAGAGAAGACAGAUUUAUCCAGCUAUGUCAACUUUACUGCCGAAGAACUUCAUUCCAGCUUCUUACAUCGCCUCUACACCCGAGAUUAUGAGGCCGGCUUGGUGAACAUGAUGAAAGAGCGCUAUGAGGCCAAUAUAAACAACAAAGACUCCAAAAUUGCCGAUCUUCAAGAGAAUAUCAAGUCCCAGCAAUCAGAGACUUCCAAGGCCAAGGAUGAGUUGAAAAACGCUUUAACAGCCAUGGAACAACUUAAGGAAGGGUUCAAGAAUGAACGUGCUAGCUGGGAAACUGAAAAGACUGCGUUAUUGAAGUGGGCUGAAGACGCUGAGUCAGCUCUUAAACCGGUGAAGGAAGAGCUAACUGGGUUGAAGCGCCAAGUAAACGCCAUGACCUCUGCAAUAUUGUAGCCGUGUUGCUCAUCUGGGCGCUGACAUGUGGAUGAAGCUGAAGGCAGCAUAUACGUUGCUAGAGCAACUGUAUACCGGCGCCCAACGGGUUAUCUGUGCAGUCUCAUACAACAAACCGGCACCAACAUUGAUCAAGGACACUCUAGCAAGGUUAUCAAUGACGCCGGCGCAGAUAGAGGAGAUGAAGCGAUCUGCUGCCAGGGCUGGCGCUUUGUUGGCACUGACUCGAGCCAAAGCAUGGAUAGCUGACCUAGAUCCAGUUGAUAUUGCCAAGGGCUAUCCCGGUGAACAAGAAAACAGGGCAGAAUUUGAUAAUGAAGCCCUCAAAGCCCUGACAAAGGAGAUGCGUCCUUUGGCAAGUCAAUUGGCAGAAGAGGCUAAUUUGACUGUUCAUCGGUCCUUCUACGAUGCCAACAACCAACGGAUUGACACUGUUGUGAAGGAAGUGCAAAAUCUUAUCCCGCCAAUCCGUAAGCACACUUACGCCCAUGACGUUGAUCCGUCUGAACUUAUAAGUGAAGAGGCUGUCUUUCAAGCUUUAACCCGGAUUGACUGGAAUACCAUUGACUUCCAGCCACUAGAUGGGGAGGAGGAGGCUGAACCAACACCAGAAGAUCCAUCAACCUCUCGUCAACCCGGCGAUGAGUCUUAAUCCGGCAGCUGGGUUGAUAUUCACAGUUUUGUGUAAAGAACAAUCACUUGUUUUGGGCCUUUAAAGCACCUUGUAAUAGGCUAGUUGGCAUACUUUGAUUUGCUACCAUUGUGCAAUGCCACUUGAUAUUUUAA